AUGAGCCGCACCGCCUACACAGUGGGAGCCCUGCUUCUCCUCUUGGGGACCUUACUGCCAGCUGCUGAAGGGAAAAAGAAUGGGUCCCAAGGUGCCAUCCCCCCGCCAGACAAGGCCCAGCACAACGACUCGGAGCAAACUCAGUCUCCACAGCAGCCUGGCUCCAGGAACCGGGGGCGGGGCCAGGGGCGAGGCACGGCCAUGCCGGGGGAGGAGGUGCUGGAGUCCAGCCAGGAGGCCCUGCAUGUGACGGAGCGCAAAUACCUGAAGCGAGACUGGUGCAAAACCCAGCCGCUCAAGCAGACCAUCCACGAGGAGGGCUGCAACAGCCGCACCAUCAUCAACCGCUUCUGCUACGGCCAGUGCAACUCCUUCUACAUCCCCAGGCACAUCCGGAAGGAGGAAGGCUCCUUCCAGUCCUGCUCCUUCUGCAAGCCCAAGAAAUUCACCACCAUGAUGGUCACACUCAACUGCCCCGAACUGCAGCCCCCCACCAAGAAGAAGCGGGUGACACGUGUGAAGCAGUGCCGUUGCAUCUCCAUCGAUUUGGAUUAA